UAAAAAUGUCAGGAGUCAUGAAAGGAUUGACUGUCUUCAUUGGAGACAUCAGGAAUUGUCAGAAUAAGGAGCAGGAAGAGAAGUGAGUAGAGAAGGAACUUGCUAAGAUCAGGAAGAAAUUCACGAAUAAGGGACUUAGUGGCUAUGAAAAAUAAAAAGCAUGUCUGGAAACUGAUCUAUACCUAUAUCUUAGGCUAUGAAGUCGACUUUGGGCAUCUAGAAGCCCUGAAUUUGAUCAAUGCGUCUAAGUAUUCUGAGAAAUGCACUGGGUAUAUCGCUACAGGGAUAAUGCUCAAUGAAAUGAACGCAGAUCCUGAACUCCUGGAGAUGGUUAUUAAUUCUAUUAAGACAGAUUUGACAUGUGGGAACGAAGUUUAUGAAUCCCUAGCACUCUCUACUAUUGCUAAUAUUGGUGCUACAGAGUUCGCAAGAUCUCUUGGAUCUUCAGUACAGAGAUUAGCAUUUUGUGAGGAUUACAAGCCAAGUUAUUUCAUCCAGAAAAAGGCAUGCCUCUGCUUGUACUCCUUCUUCAAGAAAAAUAAGGAAAUAUUUAACAGAGAAGUAUGGGCAAGUGCAUUUGAUAAUGAGCUAUUGACACAGAAGAACUAUGGAGUUCUCCUCUCUGCAUGUGGAUUGAUUCAUGGAGUACUGGUCACUAUGGGAACAGAAGGAUUUGAAGGAUGUGUGACUAAGCUAAUCUACAUUCUUUCCCGGAUCCAUGAUUAUGCAACUGAUUAUCUAUACUACAGGACUCCUUCUCCAUGGCUUCAAAUCAAGGCACUGAAAAUACUCAGAUUGUUCCCGCCACCAGAAGACGAAGAGGCAUUGAAUGCCAUCAACGAGGUACUUAUCAGCCUUGUGACAGGAACUGAAGUAGGAACAAAUGUAAAUAAGAACAAUGCAGACCACGCCAUUCUUUUUGAGGCUAUCAGAUUGGUCAUUCACUACAAAGACAAAGCAAAUGAGAUUGUGAGGAAAGAUAUCCUUGCUCUUCUUGGAAGAUUUAUUAAUGUUCGAGAAGCUAAUAUUCGGUACUUAGCCCUUGAGACUAUGGCUAGACUCAGCCAUAAUGAAGUGAUUAGCAGUUAUCUCAUGAAAGAGCACAUGAAUACUAUUAUUUAUAGCUUGAGAGACCCAGAUUUGUCCAUUAGAAGGAGAUCAUUAGAUCUUAUUUUUGCCCUCUGCGAUCAAGACAGUGCAACUAAUGUAGUUAAUGAAUUGCUUGUGUAUUUGAAUGAGAAUGAUUACACUCUGAAAGAAGAGCUGGUCUUGAAAAUCGCUAUUUUGGCUGAGAAAUUUGCUCUAAACUUGAAUUGGUACGUCGAUGUUAUUGUGAAGCUUAUCACCACAGAGUCAGCUGGUGAUUAUGUAUCUGAUGAGAUCAGAUUCAGAGUGUACCAGAUUUUGACUGGAUUUGGAGAGGUUGAUCCUAAUUAUGAACUCCAGAAAUAUGCUGCUCUCCAAAUUUUCUUGGCUCUCCAAGUUGAUUUUGUUCAUGAGACGAUGAUCAAAUUAGGAGCAAGUGUAUUGCCAGAGUUCGGGCACCAUAUUGCAGAUGCUCCUGGUAAAAGCCAUACAGAUCAAUUUGAAGUCUUGGAUAAGCAUUUCACCACUUCUAAUAUCUCGACAAAGGGGAUGAUCCUGACAGCUCUAAUGAAGUUUGCCUUACAAGAUAGCUCUCUGAUUCAGCAUGCAACAACUAUCUUCACAAGAUAUUCGAGGAGUUGGAAUGAAGACAUCCAGCAAAGAGCUAUUGAGUAUCUUAGAAUGCUCAAGUUCUUAGAGAAGGAUGAAAGCUAUAGAGAAUUCAUUCUUGAGUCUUUUGAACCAUUACCAACCUAUCCAGACCAUAUGCAGAACAACUCUGUGCUGAUCAAGAGAAUGAGUCAGAUCAAGAAAAAGAAGAACUUGGCUGCAACUGGAAAGGAUGAUACUGAGAAAGACAUUGCCACUGAAGCAACAGAAGAAUAUAAAGCUCAAGUAUCAUCAGCACUUUCUAGAGGAAAGUCUAAAGAAGCUUCAAGCACUUCAGGUUCAGAUAUCUUCUCUGGAGACACUGGCUCAAAGACUGAGGGCGGAGCUUUUGAUGACAUCCUUGGCCUUGGGGAUUCUUCAGGAAGUGAUGUGUUGGGCCAUCCAUUUGCUAAAGCUAACCCUGGAGAUUUCAGCUCGAGUCAAACUGUUGAUAUCAAUUCUGAAGCUGAAGAACUCUCUAUGAAUGGAGAUCAGGAUUCUAAAUGGAAAAAUUUGAUUCCAAUCAGCUGUACAGAUGGGACUAUUUUUGAGGAUGAUAAUAUCAAGGUAAACAUGAGGUUCAAUAUCUCCAAAUACGUAACAAGAGUCUUAGUAGAUGUCCAAGCAAUGCUGAAAGUUCCAGAUGGAAUGAAAGCAAUGAUAUCUGAUACGAAAUAUCCAACGAAUGACACUGAUAAUCCAAAGGCGAUGAUGACCGUCCUCCACACAGGAAGUAUUAAGGAGGAUAUUAAGAUGGCUAUCAAGUACGAAUCAGGCUUUGGUGACCCAGUCAAGCAAGUUUUCAGAGUCCCCGUUUUAGUCAAUAAGUUCAUCGAUAAGGUAGAUAUGGAGCAAGAUAGAUUCGAUCAUCUUUGGAAUGAUAUUUCUACUAAUAGACCAGACUCCUUUGAAAAGGUAGAUUUAGUGAUGUCAAACCCAGCAAGAGGAUCAGGAGCAAGCCAGAUGGAUGUCCUUAAAAAGCUGGCUAAACUUCUUUCUAUGUGCAUGAAUUUGAAGGUUCUCCCACCAACAGAUAAGAGUAACUUCAGCAAGAUUUGUGCUGUUGGGCAAGUCCAUGUUGCAGAUGAAGAUGCUGAUUUCCCAAAGAAUGCUGAUGAUAUCAACAAUGGUUCGACUGUUCCUCUCAUGGUUGAAUGUGAGUUCUAUACUGACAUCAAUGAGGAUGAGUUCAGAUGCUCAAUCAGGUCCAAUGAUAAGGUUAGAGUGACAGCAAGCUUCGCACAGCUAUUUAAGUUAUUUGUAUAA